GGUUGCUAUAGUUACAGCUCAGGGUAAAGAGAAGAGCUACACCUGCUUUUCUUCAGAGAAGUUUCGCUCCAUAUAUGCUAUUAGUUUUUUCAGUAUUUCACAGGGGGAAACAGCAGUGUUGUCUGUAAGCUAGCUGGAACUUUUUCCAUGAUUUGACACGAUUAUGGGUGACUGAAAGAUACCAGUGUUUACAACCGGUGUGCUGUCAAGCUUUCUGCGCAUGCGCACUCCAUUUUAGCGUCCCUCAUGAUAAAAGUGUCUGCAGGUAGGAGAUGCAUGAUGCCAUAAUCCCAUUUAGCUGACAUUCUGCAGAUCCUCUCUGUCUCUGUGGUGGAAAUGCCAGCUGUGAGCCAGGAUAAAGAGGAUUCUGAGUCUCACUCAGAUGAAGAGCUGGAGUGCCAUCCAUGUAUAGCCUGGAGUGGGAUAAGCAGGAAGAUCCCAGUUUUACUCUUCCAUGCUGAAGCCAUUGUGUCCAAAGAUGAAACAAUUUGUUCCAUUGGAGAAAGAUACAACUUGGCUUUCAAGAUUGUACGCACAGAGAGUCGACUCAUUCGAAACAUUCUUGUGAAUCAUGGAUUCCAUGAGGUCCAUCCAAAUAGCAAUGAUUUCAACCUCAUGUGGACAGGCUCCCACCUUAAGGCUUAUCUGCUCCGCAGUUUGCAGGAUUUCCAGAAAGUCAACCACUUCCCCAGGUCAAAUGAGCUGACACGGAAAGACCGGCUGUACAAAAACAUUCAGCGGCUGCAACAGGCUCAUGGAUUUCACAACUUCCACAUCGUACCACAGACAUUUGUUCUUCCUGCUGAAUAUCAGGAUUUUUGCAAUGCGUUCUCUAAGGACAAGGGGCCAUGGAUUAUCAAGCCUGUUGCAUCUUCCAGAGGCAGAGGCAUCUACCUGGUUAGCAGUCCAAGUCAGAUUUCGCUGGAUGAAAACACCUUGGUGUCACGGUAUAUUAGCAACCCCUUAUUGAUUGACGACUUUAAGUUUGAUGUACGAUUAUAUGUGUUGGUGACAUCUUAUGACCCUAUCAUUAUCUAUGUCUAUGAAGAGGGCUUAACUAGAUUUGCUACUGUGAAAUAUGACCAUGCUGUGAAGAACAUCAAGAACCAGUUCAUGCACCUCACCAACUACAGUGUAAACAAGAAGAGCAGUGACUAUGUCAGCUGUGAUGACCCUGAAGUAGAGGAUUAUGGGAACAAAUGGAGCAUGAGUGCAAUGCUGAGGUAUUUAAAAGAGGAGGGAAAAGACACCACAUUGCUGAUGGGUCAGAUAGAGGACCUGAUUAUUAAAGCUGUGCUGAGUGCAGAGUUACAGAUUGCUACAGCCUGCAAGAUGUUUGUCCCUCAUCGCAACAACUGCUUUGAACUGUAUGGUUUUGAUGUUCUCAUUGAUUCCAACCUCAAGCCAUGGCUCCUGGAAGUGAACCUCUCUCCAUCACUGGCAUGUGAUACUCCUCUUGACCUGAAAAUAAAGGCCAGCAUGAUCUCAGAUAUGUUUUCUCUUGUGGGAUUUGUAUGCCAGAACCCUCUACUAAAACAGACUCGGUUAGAUAAGGCUGUAUUUGACCCAGCUGUGAAGAACCUUAAAACUCAGCAUCAUUUCAUUGCACAGGCAGCCUCUGCCAAAUCCAGAGUGUGUCAGAGACCGCAGUCUGCCAAUAAUGUUGAGGAGCUGAAAGAGAAACAGGGAGGCAGGCAUGUGGACACGCUGGGCUUGACUGCAGAGGAGGUGAAAGUCCUGAGGAGGACACAGGAGGAGCAUGAAAGGAGAGGUGGAUUCAUCCGUAUUUUCCCCACACCACAAACUUGGGAGCUCUACAGUGGCUAUCUGGAAUACAAGACAUCCAUGAACUCCAUGUUGGCUAAUAAACUUUUCCAUGGAAGAUUAGGAAAAUCUGUGACCGCACAAAACAGACAUAGAUUGAAGGGUAAUGUACCCUUAGAAGAGGAGGCCUAUAAACCCUGUCAUGUAAUUCAGUAUGAGAGCAAAUUGCUCUCUCUUGAAGCACGAAGACGCAGGAAAAGGCAAACGACUAGCCGUACCACUCCUCGGAGAAGGAAAACUGGUCGAAGGCCUUUACCGUCAUUAGCGCACAGCAGUGAAAAUGAGGAAGCUGAUGAGGGAGAGGAGCAAGGACCACAGGGAAAGCAGCAGCACACAAUGUCUCUGGCACACACAGACCCUCAGCCCACCCUGAUGGAGAGGCACCGAACUGAAGAACACUUUCCAGCUAGAGUCAGCAAACCCAAAGUGGAUCUGCUCCAUAUUCUCCAGCAGGGGUGGGAUCUCAGUAAGGUUCAGGCACGCAUGGCCUUCUCCUCCUAUCUCCAUCGGGUCCAGAUGAGGCUUCUUGUAGAGAGCAGAAUCUACAGUACCCCUGCCUGUGCACAAAAGGACAACGACCAGAUGGAGCUGGUAAUGCGUUUUCUGAUGCGAGCUGCCAGUAACCUGCAGCAGGACAUGCAGGUGACGUUACCCAGCCGCCAGCUUUCAGUGCCUGACCGCCGCCGUAUACUGGCCCAUCAGCUCGGGGAGUUCAUCCACUGUUAUAACCAGGAGACCGAACAAAUGGUGAAAUGUUUGGAGAACUCUGAAGAUAAAGAUCGGUGCAUCAAUUCAAAUGUGUUUCGGGAGUUUAUUUUGGAAGCAAGUGAAAGUGAUCUAGAAGAAGUUCUCACUUUCUACACACACAAGAACAAGUCUGCCAGUGUGUUUUUGGGAGGUUCCAGACGGGACUGUAGCAAAAAAUGCAGUAACAGCUCAGAGGAGCCUGCGAAGCAUCAGUGCAGGAGAACUCUCUCAAAUGCCAAAGAAGGCUCUAGUGCUUCAGGAUCAUCGCUGACUGCCAAGGCCAACUUGCCAAAAAGUGAAGAAAUCCAAGAGAGUGUAACCAGACCAGGAUACAAUAAAAGCAGUGUAACUGUGAACAUGAACAGCCAUAGUAACACUAUCCAAAACAGUGACAAAUAUAGUACAUUAAAUAGUGGAGGACACAAAAACAACAAAAUACAAAAUGGAAACCUGGUGACAAAAGGUCAGUCUGCGGCCUCAACUGCUUUUCAGACUCAAGAACUGUCAAAAACGGUUAAAGAUAUAAUUGUGCCACCUGAACCUGCAAAAAGUUGUAAAUUGACAGUCAAGGCCCCGGGUUCUCGGCACACUUCAUCUUAUCAUUCAGCCCUAGAUUGUGAGCAUAUCCACCUGCAGCAGUGCUUCCCACAACCUGAACCUGAAGCUCAGCCCCAGAAUCAACCUCCUCCUUAUAUCCAUCCUCCCCCUCACGUGCAUGCUGAAUCUCACAGUAAACCACACAUGACCUUAUCUUCGUCAUCCACAAAUUCUCUGCGGCCUGCACGAGUAAUGUGGGCUUCAUCACAUUCAUGUUCACCUAGAACAUUUGCAACUACUGAAGUGCUACGACAAACUCCAGGUUCACAAAUGGCACAGCAGGCCACUAGUGAUGUUUCAUCUUCCAGUGCCUGUGCCACAAAUUUGUGCAGUCAGAAAGUCUUGUGGCCUUCCUCUGCAGUGCAAGUUAGUAAUAAGGACAAUAAAUCCAGACCUGCUUCUGCAGGAGUGUUUAAUGGGCCAGAUUCACUCUCAGCCCAGGCUCAGUCAAAUCAGCAGGCUAUUGUGGCUGCCCUGAAGAAACUAGUGGAGAAACAAGCAGCUCGCCAAUACAGCACUUCCAACCACAUAAGUCUCCUUACACAACAUUUGACCAACCUGAACAUAGCGAAAGGAGUUUUCAGCAGAGGAGCACAGAGCGUCAGAUCAGGAGCUCAGCCUGAUACAGCGACUACUCAACACUCAGGCAUGAACCUCUCUGGUGCUGUGAGUCACAGUAUGGAAAUUGGUGAUGGAAAGUGCCAGAGUGCCUAUAAUUUGGCAACUGGAGGAAUUUUGCAGGCUACAUCAGGUAGCUAUCAGCUCCAGUCUGCCAUCCAGCAGCUCCAGCAACAGAAACUGCAGUCCAGGAAGCUACUAGACCAGAGCCGCUCUCGACAUCAGGCCAUGCUGAAUGUACAAACCCUUGUGCCUGGUGCUGUUCCUCAAGACGCUGUUCCCACCAGCUUUAGUGUUCAUGUGAACUCGCAGUCCCAGGCCAGCACGAAGCAGACAGCAAGUCAGAGAGAUCCACAAUUCCUUGUCCCUACACGGGGCACGACUGCUCUGAUUCCAAAACCCCCCAGCAGCACAUCCAAAGGCACACUCUUAUGCAAGUCUGCCACUCAAAAGACCAACCAGCAAGCACCACUUGAGGCUCCAUCCGAAAAUGGUUUAUUCGGUCGCCAAAAUGUUGUUUAUGACACCACGUGUGGAAAAACUGGUCUGUCUGUGUACAGCAAAUUAUUUCACUCUCACAGGUCCAGACCUAGAUGACUGAAAGAGGACUGGAUCAGCGCUUACCUGCUGGUGUCGGAUCUCUUCACAGGAACCCUUUUGUCAUCUAAAGAUUAAGUUACUAUGGUUUACUAUGACUGAAUAAAAUAUUCUGUUAAUAAGUUAGCUAAAAUUCCCACAAUCCUUCCAUUGUUCCCUGAAUGCAGUGAAUCAUUUAAGGUGUCUAGAAUAAGAAAUUUGCUUUUUCAGUUUUUCCACUGGAGCUACAAGGCUAAUGUGGAUAAUAAGCAAGGGAAGCUUAUACUGUAGCUACAAGUCUCCAUCACAUAAUUGGCCCAAACCAGUUGUUAUAUAAUCCCAAACAUGCUGCUGUGGUUUCUGACAGUGUGACACACAGUUAGCUAUUAGAAUAUGCUGCAUAUCUAAAAACAGUAAUAGCAGCCAUUUUAAGUAGUCAUCAAUAAAUAGUUUCACCGUAUCACACUACACCAAUGUCAGAUUUAGGUUGGAGGUCUAAUGUAAAGGCAACAUUUUACAUAUAAAGUGGUUUGAAUGACAAUUUUUGAUUUGUUAACAUGAGCCUUAUAACAAUUUUUUAUUAAAUAAAAAACAAAACAACUAAAGCAAAUUACACACAGGUAAAAAAAACAAUUGUGCUCAUGUAAUCUUUGAGUGAAUUAUUCCUUUAAACAAAGUGACCUCUAAAUCCAUUCCUCUUAGCCUUUCCACUGUGCAGGUAGAAUCCCAUAAACAUUUUAAUAUUCUGCUAGCUAAUCUUGUUUCACUGUUAUCUUGCUUCAUGUCCCGGCCCCUGGCUCACUAGACACGUAUCAUAUCUUUCCUUGUGGUGAAAGAACAGCUGACAAAUGCUGCUACCCCUGAGACCAUGUCUGACAUAAAACCGACUGUAUUUAUUUUUUUUGGAGAGCAUGUGGCUGUGUGGAUAGCAUGCUGUGUAAGAAAUCCCUGGCUUUGACACGAGCACAGAUCUGUUCCAUGGCCCAAGAUUUUCCGGUGGCCUUCAGUUCCUCCCCGUCCUACUGCUGCAGUUGUCCAGCCCCAUUUUCACCCUGCAACUGCUGCCAUCAAAAGACUGUGAAUAGACAGGCAACAGCAGCUGCUAGCUCUACUCAACCUCUCAGCCUGAGCAAUAAGAACAGAGCGUAGAGUAAGAGUAAGCUUUUUACACACACUUUCAGUCUGCAAUUCUCAAUACACUUCAACAUUUCACACCCUUUCAGAUUAAAAAAAAAAACAUUAUCCAAAUAUGCAGUCUUUUAAUCACAGUUUUUGGAAACAUUAGACCUGAUAAAGACUAAGGAAUUAGACUAAGGAUUAGACUUAGGAAUUAAUAUUCUUCUUAUGCCACAGCGAUUUGUUAAUGAUUACGUUGUUUUAUUUAUUAUUGAACAAAAUGCAAAAUGUGGCACUUAUCUAUUUCCACAAUACUUUUAAUGUUAUGUUUUUUUUUCUGCAAGACGUUAUUUCUUUACAUCCUAGCACCUAGAAACAAUAUUUCUUGAAGUUACCAAAACAGAACUCAUUGUCAUUGUCAACUUGUCAUGCUACCAGGAAGCUACAAAGCACAAAGUCCUUUGUUGUGAAGACUUUGCUGCGAUGAAACCCUUACUGAGCUUUACGAAGCUGUGACACUGGAGACUGCGUCCAUGAAUGUUACCCAAAUCUCCUAAUAUUUUUCAUUAAUCAGUUUAUGUAGCCUUCCCUAUGUGCAGCUGUAACAAUGAUGUAUUAGAGCGCGCGGAGAUUCAAGAAUUAAGCUGUGUUGUGGUAUAACACUGAUUAUAACGAGCAUUACGGCUGAUUAUAAUGCACAUUAAUGCUGAUUAUAAAUUAUUCCUAAAGUACAAUUGCCUGGUAGAAGAGAUUGCGAUCAGCACACAUACCUUCACGUAUCAAUAAGCACUGUAUCAGUCCAGACAACAAAACUCUCUACAAGCAGCGAUUCCCAUUUCACAAGAAGUUAAUAGUUUAGUAUAUUAAAAGACUUGACAGUCUGUAUGACUAAUUGUUAGGUUUUGUUGAUGUUUUACAAAACUUCAACAUAUUUUUGACACAGGUUAAUUAGAACAAAUGGUGUUUCUUUUUUUGCUACAGGUCAUUAGUUAUUCUCAGUCAUAAAGUCUGGCCAGGAGUGUGCUGUAUAUUAUUGAUGUAUGCAAAAUAAAGCCUGAUGUCCCCAUUGAGGAUAUUGUACUGUAACAUUUAUGAACUCAGGGUUUGGUAAUUUAGAGAACAUUUGUUUUUAAGUUUUACAGUGUUAUUGAUUUAUAUUGUAUUUGUCUUGUGUGCAUUAUUGCGUUAUUAAUCAUUUCACUGUGGAACCAGAUAUUGAAUUUGUUUGACCAAAAUUUCGUGUGAACAUUGCAAGAAAUUGUUUGUUUUUUCUUUUUUAAUCCUUUAUAUUUAUAUAUCAGUGUACAGAUGGUGAAAAAAAUCUGAUUUUUGUGUACAUGUUGUGAAAUGCUUAUAGUGAGUUUUACUUCAAUAUUAAAAAAACUGCAAUUCUG